CAAAAUUCCUGGCAAGUCUGUCGUCCUCUGUUGUCAAUAGACAAUACCAUUAUUUCGUGUUGUCCAUAAGACCCAGCAAUCUAAUUCUAAAGUAUAUCUAUAUUUUACAAUGGUCAAAGCAGUUUGCGUUUUAAGUCCAGGCUCUGCAACUGGCAUUACUGGAACCAUUACUUUUACCCAGGAAAAAGCAGGGGACUGUACAGUGGUUUCUGGUAAAGUAUCAGGCCUUGCUCCAGGUAAUCAUGGAUUUCAUAUCCAUCAAUUUGGUGACUACUCAAAUGGGUGUAUUAGUGCAGGUGCUCACUUUAACCCAGCAAACAAGAAUCAUGGAGGCCCUUGUGAUACAGAAAGACAUGUUGGUGAUUUAGGUAACAUUGUGGCUGGUGAUGAUGGUGUUGCUGAUGUUAGUAUCAAAGAUCAACAAAUUUCUUUGAUUGGAGAAAAUUCUAUCAUUGGUCGCAGCUUAGUGGUGCAUGAUAAAGAGGAUGAUCUCGGCAAGGGAGGCAAUGAAGAAAGUCUUAAAACAGGAAAUGCUGGACCUCGCUUAGCUUGUGGUGUCAUUGGUAUCACUGUAGAGAUGCUGGCUUCCAAAAUCUAGAGCAGCUAUUUUGAGACGUUUGAUUUUAUCAGUAUGAAAAGAAAUAUUUCUGUAGACUUGGAUUAGGAGUUAUUUUUAUAUAGGCCUAGGUCUUCUUUACUGAAUGUACUUUAUGUAUAAUAUGAUUCUAAUAAAAUGAAUUAAAAUACUGACUUCUGUUCAAUACAUAGAAACAAAUCUUUAUUGGCCCGGAAUUUUUAGUUUUGUUAUCUUUAAUGUUUUCAUUUGUCUCCUUUUCUAUAGUUGUGUUCUUCACCUCCCCCCUUUUUUUUUUUAUUCUAACCAGUGACAUUCAGAAGUUUGAUAUCAAAUAACUUUUAUUGUAGCUCAUUGUGUGUAUAGUACUGUGCCAGGUUUGUUGUACUAAACUUCGUGUGUCUCACUAUGUCAGGCUAUGAUGUGCUAUUCCUCAUCAUGUGUCUUACCAUGUCUUGCCAUUUUAUGAAAUAAAUCUGAGCAUUAUGCCACUUAG